UGUUCAUGGGUCGUGGGCUCGUGUUCGGAGGAUGCGUGAUUGUAUAUUAGGUCUGAGUCUGGUCGUCCGUUUUGCUGUACUCACAUCCUCGCACACUCACGCCUCAGACCUUCAUACCUAACACCAACCCACUAAACACACACACAAACCGCAAACAUGGUAUCCUUCACCGCCCUCGCCCUCCUCGCAACAACUGCCAUGGCCGGCCCUGUCGCCCGCCAAAUCGCCAUCCCAGAAGGCUGGACCUGGCAAGUCGAGAACUGGGAAGCUGGUUGCUCCCGCCAGGGCUGCUACUACAACUUCAACAUCACUGUGCCCAGCGUGCCGGAAGGUCCCGCGGGCGUCAAGGCGUAUUGUCACGGCUACGAGCAGGGUUAUGACCAAAGCUUUAUGAUUCCUUCCGCAUACGAGAACUGCCAGCUGCUCGAGGGUGUCAACAACGGUGUUGCGGCUAGGCUUUCUGAGAGGGAGCAUGAUGGCAAUGGCUUUGGGCCUAAGGAGAUUGAGGUUAGCUUUGAGUAUGGCGCUUAUGGUGACCGCCCUGCGUACAACUUCUCCGGCACCCACGAGGCCAGGUACAACCAGUUUGUCACUUACCCUCUCAACUUCACCAUUACUCCUACCAAGGUCUUCGGUAUCGCAUAGAUGGGAAUCAUGUAGAGGUUAUGAAGACGCUACUCUCGCGGAGUCGUACUAUAAUGAACAGAAACAGCAUAGAAUAAUGUUAAUGACUGCAAGAUGCAACAACUUGGAA